AUGGAUUCCAAGUCCUCCCACAUCGCUGGCGCCGCCCCAGAGAAGGGCAUCGUCGAGAAGGAUCUCGAAAGCGGUCAUGACUCGAGCCUCGACGCCAACGAUACACGUGCAGGCUCUGUGACACCAGCAUAUGAAGUCGCGAAAACAGCGCACAUCCAGCAUGCUAUUGCACCGUUUCGCUACCUCAACCAGGGGGAGCUGUGGCUCGAUAGAAAGCUCGGUAUCGAGACGCAGGGUAUUGAUCGCAUUCCUGAAGACCAAAAGCGCCCUCCUUCCAUCUGGAAUACCUUCUUGAUGUGGUGGUCGAUGACAUGCCACGUCGGCACCAUCCCUCUCGGUGUCCUCGGCCCUGAAUUUGGUCUGACUCUCGGCGACUCUGCUGCGGCUAUCGUCGUUGGAACAUUCCUGGGAGCCUCUACCGGCCUUCGACAAAUCGCGACCAGUCGAUACAGCUUCGGCUUCUGGGGCGCCAAGCUCUGCUCCGUCCUCAACGUGAUCGUCGGUGGCGGCUUCGCGGUCGUCAACGUCGUCGUCACCGGCCAAAUGCUCAGCGCCGUAUCGGACUACUCCAUGACCAUCUCAGUUGGCUGCGUUAUCGUAGCCGUAAUAAGCUACGUCGUCAGCGUCUUCGGCUUCGCCAUGAUCCAUACCUUUGAGAAGUACAGCUGGAUCCUGAGCUUCAUCCUCAUCUGCGUGCUGUACGGCCAAGCGGCACCGCAUAUAGCUCCCGACACACCCGCACCAUACGGCAAAGACUUGGCUUAUGCUGGCAGCUGGCUCUCAUUCAUGUCCAUCAACUUCUCCAGCGCCUCCGGCUGGUGCUCGAUCGCGGCGGACUACUACUGCAAUUAUCCGGCGAACACGAAGUCGUCCAAGGUGUUCUUCCUCACUCUUGCUGGUGUCACCCUUCCGACCGUAUUCACCACCUUCGCUGGUGCUUGCAUCGGCAACGGAGCCCUUCUGGCGGAGUACAAGCCAUGGAACGACGCCUAUGAGGACCACGGUCUCGGUGGGCUGCUGCGCGAGGUGUACCAUCCGCUUGGCUGGUCCAAGACUUGCCUCGUCUUCCUCACAUUCUCCGUGCUCGGCAACAACAUCGCCAUCAACUACUCCUCGGGUCUUUCCCUGCAGCUGUUGGGCCACUACUUCCACGCCAUUCCGCGAUUUAUCUGGUCGUUCUUGGUGGCGCUCGUCGUGGCCAUUCUCGCUAUUGUCGGCAAAGAUCACUUGUCGACUAUUGUCAGCAACUUUGUGUCUUUGCUGGGUUACUGGACUGUCAGCUUCACGCUGAUUUUGUUGAUGGAGGAUAAAUGGUUCAGGAGGCGAGAUGCGUAUGACUUGGAAGUCUGGGAUAAGCCGAGCAAGCUGCCGGUUGGUGCUGCGGCGGUUUUGGCGCUGCUGUCGGGUUAUCUUGCUGGUGGUUUGCCGGGGAUGGCACAAGUUUGGUAUGUUGGUCCGAUCGCAGCCAAAUUCGGUCCGUACGGCGGUGAUGUUGGCGUCUACAUGUCUGCUGCCAUCACUCUGCUGGUCUACCCAAUACUCAGGACGUUCGAGAAGAAGCGAUUUGGGCGGUAA